AAAAAAACAAGCCUAUUGAACUCUGCUAGAUUAUUAACGAGGGAAAAUUGCAAUAGAAAUUGUAAAUAUUUGUGUGUCAAUUAUAAGCAUUGCAGUUAAUUUACCGCUAAGAAAGUAAAACAAUGUCAGAGGACAGUGAUUCAAUAGCCGAGCAUGAAAUCGAUGAAACAAUGGCAAACCAAAACACGAUACCCCUGCAACCAACGCAAAAACGCCAGAGCUUCGUUUCGAAGUUCUUCAGUCCAGUGCCCGACCACUCGAAUGUGUUUAGAUGUAACGUAUGCAAUGAAACCUUUGCCAACAAAACAACCAAUCUAAGUAGGCAUUUGCAAUCAGUGCAUGGCCUCGCAGAUCAUCAGCAGGAUUCAGUAAAGAAAGGUCGGCCGAAUCGCAGUUUCGUGUGGAACUUUUGCACCAAACUGGAUGAGAAGCGUGCUCUGUGCCAUAUUUGUAAAAAAGUGUUGUAUUUUGGCGGCGGAAAUACGUCCAACAUAACAAAACAUUUGAGACGCAUGCACUCUGAAAAGUUAGAGGAAGUUGCUAAGCAAAUGCCACUCAACAUGCGCUGGUCCAUGGAGCAGUCAACGAGGAAAGAGCGUAGAAGCUCCAGCUAUGUGUGGAAUCACUGCGAGAAACUGACGGCCGAUACAGUCUUAUGCAGAAUAUGCGAUCGUCGCAUGCGAUUCCAUGGCACGGCCAACGUCAUAACGCAUCUGCAACGCCGUCACGGCAUUAUGGAUGAAACGUCGCAGGUGAAAACCGAGGCGCCUGAUAAGGUGCAGGCAGCAGCCACAUCCAGCACAAACGAGAAUCCGCGCAGAAGCAUCAGCGGCAGCCAGGUCUGGCGAUACAUCACACGGAUUUCAGAAGAUGCAGUACGCUGUCGCGUUUGCCUUAAGAAUCUAUCGUAUCAGGGCACAAGCAACCUGCAAAGGCAUUUGCAUCGCAUGCACAAUAUUGCUUGGAACUCACAACAGCCGAGUGGACCGGUCAAAGCUGAAAGCCUUGACUUCGAUGAUAACUCGUUCUUCGCCUUCUGCGAAUCCACCAGCGAUCCCACUGUCUCGAAGUGCCAAAUGUGCGACGAACAUUUUGUGCACACCGAAAAUCUAGAAGAGGUCAUAAGCAAGCAUAUGAUUAAGAUUCAUAGUGCAGCAAUGCGCGGGGAACCGGUUGAAAGUUUCGCUCCCACUGAAGAGGAGGAUGAAGAUUUUUCCACUCUCUAUACGGAAGUUGUUGCUGAUGAUCACAAUACUACUCCGUCGGGAGAAGUCAGCGAGCAAGCGAAGCUAUCAAAUGUCGUUGCUGAGGAUGCACUUUAUGAUGAUCUCAUCGAGAUUGACGAAGAUCUGCAGAAUGCUGAAGAGUCGGGCGAAAAUGUUGCAUCCGAUUACAGCAACGAUAGCACCGAUGCCCAGCUGGUGACGACUACUAUUCAAGCAGACGACACGCCAGUUAUGCGUGAACUAAAAGAGGAUCUAUUGCGCCAACAAGCGAUGUAUUUCAGUGAGAAGGCUGGCUUCUAUCGCAUGCAAAAAUUUCUAGUGGCGCAACAGGUGCUCAAGGAGCGGCUAGAAAUUGAAAAACUCAAAUCUGGACAACAACAGCACCAAGUCAGCUAGUUGUUGACGCUUCAUAAUACUU